AUGCCUCAAAUUCCAAGCGAAGCAAAUACGUUUCGAAGGCAUGCGAGCCUUGCCGUCAACGUCGAGCCAAGCGUGGCCGACGACGGACGCAAGCCUGCAUCAAGAUCAUACGUACAACUCUUACGUGACCGCAUAGCGUUGCUGGAGUGUAUUCUACAAAAAUACUCUAUAGAUAUCGAUACUGCUAUAGCACAGUACCAAAGUGAGCAUCAGAACUCGCCCGUAGCUGAUGCAGACGACACCAACACAACUUGUGCGCAAAUUGAGGAAGUUUGUGCGGCAUUCGAAGGUACCUUGUCGCUCGACGAAUCGAUCAAUUUCGAUGAAGAUGGAGAGUGUCACUACUUUGGGCCCACAAGCGGCCGCUUGGGAUUCGAGGACUGUACGUCACUGUCUGAGCAAAAUGCGUAUAUCGUCCUAACUUUCACAGUACAACAAUCAACCCGCGACAAACAGAUGAACAGACAAAACGGCUUGCGCAAUACAUGCAGUAGCGUGAACAAUUUGCGCUAUUUAUCUGCUCAACUCAGUCCUUCAACACUGCAGAUCGGCGCAGACCUUCAAGAAGAACUCAUCGAUUCGUACUUCGUCUGGCACAACCCUUGUUCGCCUGUUCUGAACGAACUAUUGUUCAAAAGAGAUCUGCAACAAGGCAAGGGACGCUAUUUCAGCCCGCUAUUGUUGAAGUGUGUUCUUUCAGCAGGAUGUCGAUUCUCGGACAGACCCGAAGUUCGCACCAACCCGAACGAUCCGAACACGGCAGGAGAUCAGUUCCUCGAAGAAGCAGAGGCUCUCUUUCAAUACGAACUGAAGGUUCCUAGCCUCACAACAAUCCAGGCGGCAGCAAUCAUGAUCUAUCUGCAUGCUAGUCGAGCAGCCGAUACUAUGGCUUGGCUUUACCAAGGAACUGCUCACAGACUUGCCCUCGAUUUGGGAUUAAACUUCGAUGCUACAUCUGUCCGUAGCUCAGGCUAUGUGUCGCCAGAAGAAGUAGAUGUGAGACGACAGAUAUACUGGUCUCUGUAUUGUACAGACAAACUGCAUGCGACAUACUCAGGGCGGGUGUGUACGAUGCUGGACGUCCAAGGUGCUGUCAAACUCUCCUGCAGUACCAGCGCGGACAGUAGUAGCAGUGGCUUAAAUUUCCGCGCACAGCGUACAACUCUGUUGCUUCGCGCACAUGCUACACAAUGUCAAAUACUAGAGAAAUUACUCCUUGGCUUCUAUGCCCCGCAACCAUCCCACGCUGGAUCACGUCGAGAACCAUUCUUCAAUGCUACCCUCGUUGAACUGAAAAAUUGGCUGUACGACCUACCUGACGACCUUAGGCUCGAUGUUCGAGGGCAGCCUAAUACCUUCCCGCAAACAUACACGCUUCACAUGACCCUUCAUACCGCGCUGAUACUGCUGGGGAAUGGAGUCCUUGCACUCACGGCAUCACUGGCCAGCAGUAGCACAGAUGCACUGGCGAAGAAAGCCAGCUGCGUGUGCUAUGAAGCAGCCGUCAAUAUAUGUAUUGCGGCCAAGAAAUAUCGCAAUGCGUUCGGCAGUUUUCACAAGACUCCUAUAUCUGCCACUCAUUGCCUCCUUUCCGCGGCGUUGGUGCUCAUACAAGUCGCAAGCAAUGAGCAGGAGGCAAGUAUGACUAAAGCUGCCACUGCAAAUCUCGAUCUCUGUCUGCAGUGCUUGGACGAAAUGUCGGGCUCAUACAAGAUUGCGGAGCGUAUACACCGCAACCUUGUGCUUCUCAAAGCGCAGAAGCUGGGCGUCCGACUAGACGGUAACAGCGUCCAUUGUACUUUGUCUGCUGCAAUGCUAGCGCCAGAAACCGAUCAGGCCAACAGCGGCCUCUUCGACCUUCCGGACCUGACCGGCUACGAUCCACAGAACGCAGUGUUGCUCAAUGAUGCUCAUUCUUUUCUCGAGUCUUAUAGCAGCAACGACUGUCACUUUGAGACCUUCGACUUCACUACCCAAUUGGCGGACAUUGGGAUGCAAGACUCCUUUCUUUGGGGCAACUUUGGCAUGGAGUUCCCACACGGUUCUGAAUUUUGA